AAACUGUGACAUUGCGGCUUCCGUACUAUGGACUACUCCAGCCACAACAUCAACUAGCUACCUAAACCUACUUUUACAAUCAUUGUUGUCAAAUAACUUCAAACGUGGUAUAUCUUCAGCGUGAGUCACAUCCUAUCCGGACGAAAUAGCAUAAAAUAGGUAUUCGCAACAUGCUAGCUAUAAACAGUACGCUUGCUAUGAAAUUACAAUUAACCGACAGUCAGCAAGCUAGCUAACGUUAGCUAGCUCUGACAGGACAGCUAGCUUUCUAGUUAGCUAAUGACGUUAACAGUUUGGUUGUGAAGUUGCCGAGGUUUUACAUAGUUUUGACGUAUUACUGAAGGUUAGUUAACUAGCUGUAAUUGUCUAUAACCGGUUAGCGUAGCUAGCUAGUUGAGUUGCUAGCUAGUUGCUAAUUUCAGUUUGUCAAAAAUAUUGUUGCAAAAGGUAGCUAGCUAGCAAGAGAUAGGCCACUCGCUACUAUGUAGCCAGUUUAAUGCUGUCUGGUCAGUUCGGCGCUAUAUUGUAAUCAAACCAGUGCUAGAGAGAUCAGCAGCAGUUAACGUUAGUCUGUUGUAGUAGGCAAUAACAUCCUAGUGGACACCGUUAUCUAGCUAGCUACAGACGUACGAUUCUGGUUUAUUAUUAGUACAGUGUUAGCUAGUAUUUUCGUUUUAGUAGUAGAUUAGGCAGAACAGCGGGAUGUCUAGGGGAUUAAGUCUAGCAAUGAUAUUGUUUAGAAAAUAAAACAACAAAACUAUGUUUAUAAUGCAUGCAACGGCUCCCAAAUUAAUUCGUACAUAAGGCUACAUUUGUUAUUUUCUUUGACUAAAUAAAAUCUGAUGCGUCUGAGGUUAUUAUACAAAACACUUCAGCUAAAUCGGUUUAUUUAUUUUGAAGAGUAGCCACAUAAACAUUUGAAAUGUCUGGAGACGGCUCGGAUAGUAGUAGUAGCGAGGACUCCGAUACUGGGAUCCGGAGGAAAGCCUGCACUGUCAAACAUGAGAUCACCAAUGCGAAUCUCACGGGCCAUACUGAGAGAGUGGGCAUGGAGAACUUUGAGCUUCUCAAAGUCUUGGGCACAGGAGCCUAUGGGAAAGUGUUUCUGGUCAGAAAGAACAGUGGUCAUGAUGAAGGGAAGCUGUAUGCCAUGAAGGUGUUGAAGAAAGCAGCCAUCGUUCAGAAGGCAAAGACUGCAGAGCACACACGUACAGAGAGACAGGUGCUGGAGCACAUCCGCCAGUCCCCGUUCCUGGUCACACUGCACUACGCCUUCCAGACCCAGACUAAGCUCCAUCUUAUCUUGGACUAUGUGAGCGGAGGAGAGAUGUUCACACACCUGUACCAGCGAGAUCACUUCUCUGAGGAAGAGGUGCGGAUUUACAUCGGGGAGAUUAUCCUGGCCCUGGAGCACCUCCACAAGCUGGGCAUCGUGUACCGGGACAUCAAGUUAGAGAACAUCCUCUUGGACAGCGAGGGACAUUUAGUGCUGACAGAUUUUGGGCUCAGCAAAGAGUUCCUGGAGGAGGAGAAGGAAAGGACGUAUUCGUUCUGUGGCACCAUAGAGUACAUGGCUCCAGAGAUCAUCAGGGGGAAGUCUGGUCAUGGAAAGUCGGUAGAUUGGUGGAGUCUGGGGAUCCUGAUGUUUGAGUUACUGACGGGGGCAUCACCAUUCACCUUGGAGGGGGAGAGGAACUCCCAGAGUGAGGUGUCCAAGCGCAUCUUACAUUGUGAGCCGCCGUUCCCCUCUAUGAUCGGUGCCGUGGCUCAGGACCUGUUGAGGAAGCUGUUGGUCAAAGACCCCCACAAGAGACUGGGCUCUGGGCCCCGAAGGGCCGAAGACAUCAAGACUCAUGCCUUCUUCAAGGGUCUCAGUUGGUCAGACCUGGCUGAGAAGAAGGUAGUCAGCCCGUUCAAACCAGAGAUCAGGAGUGAGCUGGAUACAGGAAACUUUGCUGAGGAGUUCACUGGCAUGAAUCCUCUCUACUCUCCAGCCAGCACCCCACCAAGCACUGAUCGACUGUUCCAGGGCUAUUCUUUUGUUGCUCCCUCCAUUCUGUUCAACAAGAACGUGGUGAUGGGGGACUUCAUGGAGGGCCAGAUGGGAGCAGAGCGACCGGGCUCAUCCACUGUCCGUCGCAGUGCUAUGUUAGCGGACUCUACGUUCUUCCAGCUGUAUGAGCUGUGCCUGCAGGGGGCGCCCCUGGGCGAGGGCAGCUUCUCUGUGUGCAGGAAGUGUCGACACCACCAGAGUGGCCAUGAGUACGCCGUUAAGAUCAUCAGCCGCAGAAUGGAAGUGAACACUCAGAGGGAGAUUGCUGCCCUCAGGCAGUGUGAGGCUCACCCCAACAUUGUCAAACUGCAUGAGGUCUACACUGAUCAGUUCCAUACGUACCUGGUGAUGGAGCUGCUGCGUGGGGGGGAGCUGCUGGAGAGGAUCAAGAAGAAGAAGCUGUUUGGGGAAUCAGAGGCCAGUCAGCUGCUCAGGAGCCUUGUGUCAGCUGUUGGCUUCAUGCACGAGGCUGGAGUGGUGCAUAGAGACCUCAAACCAGAGAAUGUGCUGUUUGCAGACGAGGGGGAGGACUCGGUGCUGAAGGUGAUAGAUUUUGGUUUUGCCCGGCUGUGCCCUGCGGGCAGCGCCCCCCUGCAGACUCCCUGCUUCACACUGCAGUACGCUGCUCCUGAGCUCUUCCACAGCACCGGUUACGACCAGGCCUGCGACCUCUGGAGCCUUGGGGUCAUCCUGUACACCAUGCUGUCAGGACAGGUGCCCUUCCAGAGUAAGCAGCAGCAGCGAGCGGGGAUGACCUCAUCUUAUGCUGCUGACAUCAUGCAUAAAAUUAAAGAGGGAGACUUCUCGUUGGCUGGAGAAGCCUGGAAGGGUGUGUCAGGGGAGGCUAAAGAGCUUGUGAAAGGGCUUCUGACAGUGGAUCCAGAGAGGCGUCUCAAGCUGUCUGCUCUGAGAGAGAACAGCUGGCUGCAGGGCGGGGCUAUCCUAUCCUCCACCCCCCUCUGCACCCCAGAUGUGCUAGAGUCCAGCGGCCCCAUCGUCCGCUCCUAUGUCAACGCCACCUACAAGGCGUUCAACAAGGGGAAGAGGGAGGGCUUCUUUCUGAAGAGUGUUGACAACGCCCCCCUUGCAAAGCGACGCAAGCUCAAGAUGACAAGUACAGGUGUGGAGACUCGACGGAGCUCCUCUUGCUCAUCCUCUUCUUCCUCUUCCUCAGCUGCCUCUGCCGCUGCAACAAACUCAAAAACACAGCCACCACACCAAACUCUGCCCCCGAAGCUAGAAAAGCACUAGAAGGGGAGGAGGGGGGAAGAGUGGGAGGAAUAAAGUUAGAAGAAGGAAGCACAUUAAUUCAGAUAUGACAGAUUGGGAUACUGUCUCUGAAAGACCAGAGAUGACUUGAUUCGAAUUCCAAAGUCAUCUAGAAUCUCCAAAUUCUAAGUCUAAGAGCUUAUUUAUGAACCAACUAAGAGACUAGUUAAAUAUUUAAGGAUUCACUUCCCUGUUUUCUAGAAAGACGAUGCUUUUUGCAUUGUCGUAAUGAUGCAAUGACUUUAUCUAUAUGUGUUUAUACCAUUUGCAGUAAACUGCAGUAGCUUGUACCAUCUCAUUUAAUUUUCUCAAGAAAUUAACUAACAUGUAAUUUCUUGAAUGGAAAUAAGCUUUAGACCAGUGUUUUCAUAACUCUGGUCUAGAGGAUAAAUAUCAGUAUGGUAGGUUACGGAAGGCUUUAAGGUCAUACUAAUGAAGAUUUCAGUCACCUUGCCAGGGUGAUGAUGAUGAGCAUGCAGUUAUCCUGGUGUUAACAUGUUCUCAGUACCAGAGGGAGGGAGGGAGGCGGGCGGG